CUCUCCUUUUUCCUUCGACUACACCCCGAGAGGAGGAGCGUAAGCAGCGUAGUAGGCGUCAGAAUCCUCAAUUUCCAACUUAGCAUCUUGGCAGGACAUUUUCCCAAGCAAAGCCCCCAUCCGACGGUAAAAAAAACUUCUGCAUGGCAUGAGAGCGAGGGUGCAACUCAGAUAAGGAGGCGACUCGGGGAAAAAAAAAAAACAACAACAACCCAACAACAACAACAAACGGGCGCGAAGUCAUCGGUUGCUGGCAGCGGCCAAAAUCCAAAUUUCGACUCUAUGUAGACUUUUUUUUAAUUAUUUAUUUAUCAUUUUCCUUUUUUUUUUUUUGCCACUGUCACUUAUAGGGGAACAGACAGCGGUCUGCUGAUUCAAGCCUCUAUGAGCUCCGACAGCGCAUGAGAGAACACAGAGAGGGGGGGAAAGUGUGCGAGUGACGGGCUUACUUUUGGGGCUUCACCAUGGCGUAUCCUCAGGGCUACUUGUACCAGCCGUCCGCCUCCCUGGCUCUGUAUUCGUGUCCGGCGUACAGCACCAGCGUUAUCGGGCCUAGGACCGAGGAACUUGGAAGAUCCUCCUCGGGAUCUGCGUUCGCUCCCUACGCCGGAUCUACUGCGUUCACCAGCGCGUCGCCGGGCUACAACUCCCACUUACCGUACAGCGCGGACGCGGCGGCGGCGGCGGCCGCCACAUUCACUUCAUAUGUGAGUUCUCCUUACGACCACACCACAGGCAUGGCCGGCUCCAUAGGAUACCAUCCCUACGCGGCUCCCCUGGGCUCUUACCCUUACGGUGACCCGGCAUACCGCAAAAACGCCACCCGGGACGCCACCGCCACGCUGAAGGCCUGGCUGAACGAGCACCGCAAGAACCCCUACCCCACCAAGGGGGAAAAGAUCAUGCUGGCCAUCAUCACCAAAAUGACCCUCACCCAAGUGUCCACCUGGUUCGCCAACGCCCGGAGGAGGCUAAAGAAGGAGAACAAGAUGACCUGGACUCCCCGGAACCGGAGCGAGGACGAGGAGGAAGACGAGAAUAUCGAUCUGGAGAAAAACGACGACGACGAGCCUAACAAGCCAACAGACAAGGGAGACUCCACAGACACAGAGUCAGAUCACAAACUAGUGCUGAACCCGGGGGACAUCACGUGCGACAGAUUCAAAGACGAACACCACGGCAAAGACUCGGACCCCGUUCUUAGCGACUUGGAAUUAAAAGAGCAGGACGAGCGGACGGAGCUGCUCCCGGAGUCGGCGAAGCCCACCACCUCGUCCCCGCCGGCGGCGCCCCGCGCGAACGAGCUGCUCGCGCAAGACAAGCCGACGACGGACUUGAACGGCCACGCUGCGGCCGCGGGCAACGGCAACAACGUGACGUCGGUGAUCCACUCGCCCCCGUCGUCGGCGGCGGCGGCGGCGGCGCCCCCCCCUGCCAAACCCAAACUCUGGUCCCUCGCGGAGAUCGCCACGUCCUCGGACAGGUGUAAGGGCAGCGGCGAGAUGCCCCAGGCCCCGGGCUUGGGGCAGAGCGCGGUGAUGGGCGCCAACGCGUCGCCGUCCCGGUCCUCCCCUCAGUGCCCUCUCCCCAACAGCACGGUCCUGUCGAGACCCCUGUACUACACCUCCCCUUUCUACCCCGGCUACACGAACUAUGGCAGUUUUGGACAUCUUCACAGUAACCACGGCACCGGCGGCACGGGCUCCGCGGCGCAUUUCAAUGGAUUAAACCAGACUGUGUUAAAUAGGGCCGAGGCUCUGGUAAGGGAGAGCCAGAAAGGCAGAGGCCACACGCAGGUAGAUCUUUGUAAAGACUCCCCUUAUGAACUGAAGAAAGGUAUGUCAAACAUUUAAUAUACCUGAUUUGGUUUUUUUUUUUUGGUUUUUUUUUCUAGUCACGCGGACUUUUAUUUAUUUCAUUUCAUUUUUGUUUGUUUGUUUUGUUUUGUUUGUGGUUGCAUUGGAGAAAGAAAAACAAAAAAGAGAGAAUACCUACAAAUGAUGAAGCAGAUUCUGAAAACAGUUAUUUUCUGAGUAAAAUGCUUACCUAUCUUUAAACCUUUUUUUUUUAGUUUCUGAAUGGUUAAUCCUAAAAAAAGAAAAAUGUAAUGAGGAUACGGUCUUAAUCGCUGCAGCCGCCUGAGUCUAUUUGUAUGAAAGACUAACAUGUAUAUUUAAUGUAGCAAUUUUGUAUUUAAAAAAAAAUGGACGACACACUAUCUUUGAAGUAAAU